GGAAGGUUUUUACAGUUUCCAAUAGAUCUUUGAAAGCGAAGGUAAUAUCGCGUUCUAUUUUUUCGUAUUUAAGAAAAAAACAGACUUUUCGUGGAUGUUCUGUGAAUACAUGGAAUGUGCGACCCAUCAUCUUGCUUCCGUCUGAUUUUCCGUUUGUUUACUUCGUUCUUUGAAAGCACGGAAAGCAUCCCGUUGGUUUCCUUUUUCUCGAAGUUGCAAAAACAAAGAGCUCUGAUGAGGAGUCGAAGGGAUCAGACCGAUGGUGACAUGGAAACAAUUAGAUCAGGUAUACAAUCCUUAGAGCCAGCGGGAAUACCUGUGAGUAAUAUCGGCGUUGGUUGUGAGCGCAGUAUGGAGAGGACGUUAAGUACGGCUUCAGACAUCGUAGUGCGCCCUUGGGAUGGAGUUCCGAAUCAGGAGCCUCACUAUUUUACCUUUGAAGUCUCGUGGGAGGUUGCCAACAAAGGUAAGUCUCACGUAUUCUUGUUACAUAUUCACUUUUUCAAGACGGCAGGGAUGCUAAUUGCUUCCCACCCCCUGCGCUGUUUGACUUGGUCCAGAACUAAAGUUAAUAAGUAACGUUAAUAUUUUGCAUCUCCUUGCAAAGCAUUGUCAUCUUUCAUGCACUGACUAUCUGUGAUGUUCGCUAGUGAUUGUUGUAAUUUCCAAGUCGUCAGAAAUCUGACUUUUUUCAGAGGCUGCUUACAGACGGAGCGAGCUUAGCACAGACAUUCCUACUUUGACCUCGAUUGGUUUCAUUAUUGCUUUAAUUAAAGUAGUAAAUCCCUCCUUUUUUCUUUGCUACCAUUGACAGUCUCUUUCCCCGAUUGCCACGAAAGGCUCGAAAGCGCAGCCAAUUCGAUCAGCUGAUGUUCUUGUUUGUCGACGUCAGAAUUUGUUUAUUUUUAGGUGCGUGACUGUUUAAUUUCUAAUGAUCGAAUGACACUAGGGAGUAUUCUUAUAGUUAAAAAACUGGUGCUAUUGUUUUGAACAUCGUGAAAAAUUGAUGCUAUAAAUUAAUCUCAUGAAUUACGUCUGACUCUUUCUUCAUCAUUUACUGAAAGGAACUUAUUAUCAUAACUUUUAAUUAAUUUCUUAAUGGUUAGCAUUUUUUGUAUUGUUUUCUUAAAUUGUGCAUGACAAUAAACUUGGCACAACAUACAUGCAAAUGUAGAUGUAGGUGAGGCAAGUUUGCUGCUUGGGAAAUUAUGGUUUGAGGAAAAAGUUGAUAAUACUCAGUGUCCCCCCUUUUUUCUUUCCAAGUAAUCCUUGCACCUGUUAAAUUCUCAAGAAUUUUAAGUAAUUUUGGUGGUAAUAAAAAAUGCUACAGUUGUUAAAUUUUACUGGCUGCCUCCUGAAAAGGAGAACAAUAGAUAUCAGGGAUGGGUAUAGUCAGUAUCCCUUUGAGAAGGGUGACAAAUAGAACAUACUUACCAAACUGAUCUCUCUUUACAUGUGAGAUAUUCAUAACACCAAAGUAGCUCUGAGCUAAUUUGGCACCUGUUUGAUGUCCUGGGAAAUUGAUCUUGGUUGGGUGGGUAGUUGCUGUAAAAAAGUUUGGAUUUUUGAUGAAAUUUCUCAAAGAGGCAAAUCUGGUUGCCAUCUGAUCCUUGUUCAUUUCAAACACAUCAUCUGGAAACAGCAGACAGCUGGUAGGAGGCAAAAUGAUUUAUGAUAAUUGUAACAAGGUUAUUAGCUUCCUUUUUAUUGGAUAGAGACCUAUCACAAAGCCAGCUAAAUCAUGGUUUUUUUUAAAAUUUAUUUUCUUUACUGCAAGCUGAGCAAUGCCUUCGUGGCCAACUAUAUUGGAAUUUCAUUCCUGUCCCUUUCAUUUGGGAGUUUCAUCUUGUAAGAAUGUUGUUGAAAUUUCUCUACAACAAAUUUUUAAAGGGCCUUUUGCUACCAUGACAGCAUAUAUUUUGUACAAUGCAAAAAAUUAUAUGUGGCUUUUUGUGUUUGAAUUUAGUUGGUGGGAUCUACACUGUGAUCAGAUCUAAGGCACCUGCUGCAGUUGAUGUACUAGGAAACAAGUAUUGCUUGAUAGGAAUUUAUAAUGAUCUGCAGUGCAAGACUGAGGUCGAAAUGGUGGAACCUGAAGACCCUGCCAUUAAAGGUGCUAUUCAGGCCAUGAGAGACAGUGGUGUAGAGGUAUGAGACAUUUAUUACUUAAACCAAAAGAAAAAACUAAGUGAAUGGUUAUUAACUGAGUCAUUAAUUGUGUUGGAUUUUAACAAAUCUGGGUUUACUUUUCUAAAUUGUUGCACAGCACUGUAAAGUCAGGUCACAUCAUUAGACAUGGGACCUCAUCAGCCUUGUCCAGAUGGACAGAACAAUGUAUUUCUACCUGUCUCUCUUUGCAAGAAUGCUCUUAGGAAAUCCUUUAAAAGCCUAAAGAUGGAUUUAAAAUUAAAAAAAAUUGAACAGGUGCAUCAUAUGCUGGCCAUUCGCAGAAAUUUUUGAGAGCUCAUUAUAGUUUCUUUGGCACGAAACCACUAGGAGUAUUGCCACAUCCCCUAGAUGGGAAUUCCCAGUGUAUCACUGGUUCCUUCCCCCCAGAAUUUCAUCAGGCUUCCCAAGCAGUUUGCCAGUACCCUGUACACUAAUGGGUGGAACAAGGCUUGUAAGAGUGAAAUGUCUUGCCCAAGAACACAGCACAAUGACCUACCAAAGUCUUCAACCUAGACCUUGUGUCGCGACAGUACCAUAUCUCCCCAAAUAACUUCAUUUAGUGAUUAUAAAAUUGGAGUGUUCAUGUUUUUGUCAUUUUUCUUGCAGACUCACUUUGGAAGAUGGUUGAUUGAUGGAUAUCCCAAGGUGAAUAGAUUAAUAGUUAUUUGUUUAUCAAAGUGAACAUAUCAUGAAAUCUUUUACUUGAUUAAAAUAACAUACAUGGUUUUUUGAACAGCUAUCAGUGAUAAUUAUGGACUUCAAGUUUCAUUGGAAAUGUUGAUAAAUAUGAAAAAUUGAAUGCUCUUCUCUCUCUCUCUCUCUCACACACACAAAUUCCAGAAAAAAGAAGAGAUUUCUCUUAGUUAUUAAUAUGAUUACAAGUUAUGGAAGUCAUAAAAUUUGCAUUCAAUAGUUAUGCUGUAUACAAUAUCAACAUUUAGGUGGUUCUUUUCAACAUUGGCUCAAUUUACCACAAGCUGGGUCAAAUGAAGAAUGACUUUUGGAAGAAAACUCACAUUGGUAUCCCUGACCUUGACACAGAGUCUAAUGAUGCUGUUGUGUUGGGAUUCCUGGUUGCACAGUUUAUUGGAGAGGUGCAGUAAUGUUGGAGCAUAAGUGCCUAUGGCUUUAUAAAUUUAAAGAUUCUUCUUUAGAUAUAACAAGGAAUGGGAGACAAACAGAACACAAAGGGGAAAAUUGUUGAGGGAAAGGGGUUUGAUUAAGGGACAGGGGGAUAAAAUUGGUGUGCUUUUUAAUUAGAAACAGAUUUUGAUUGGUUCUUACACGUGACCUAUUAAAGGAAAUAGGUAUAAAUGACAUCACUAUUUAGAAAUUUUUGCUUUUUGGUCAUAUAAAACAAAUAGAUUUCAUGUGGCCAUGGGUCUGUACAGUAAUAGAUCAGGAAUGUCAAAAUGUGUUAAGAACAUCAGUGACACACUCAUCUGUGCCUUGUGUGCGAUUGUCCUGUUCUUACCAUAUUUUGACAUCAUCUGUGAUCUAUUAAAUUAAUAUAUGGGUGCAGACACAUGGAAUCUGUUUGAUUGCUGAAUUCUACAAGGCAAAAUGUCAAUUAACCAUAUUGUAGUUUAAUUAUGAAUGGUCAAUAAAUUGAUGCAGUAAUGUUUUUGUUCUCAGUUUCGCACUAGAUGUGAACCUGACCUGCCUAUAGCUGCACAUUUCCAUGAGUGGCAGGCUGGGGUGGGAUUGGUUCUCCUGCGCAUGACAAAUGUAGCUGUGGCAACAAUUUUCACAACACAUGCAACGCUGUUGGGCCGUUACCUUUGUGCAGCCAAUGUGGACUUCUAUAAUAAUUUAGAUAGGGUAAGUCAACCAAGUUUUUACUCUGUGAUUUGUUAACUUACUGGUAACUACUUUUAGUAAUAGAAUGUUCAGUGUUCUGUGAGCAUAGGGUAUCAAAAAUUGUAAAAACUUGGAUAAUGCUUUUAGAUUAAUGUAUGGUACAAUAUAAUCAACAUGCCUGAUUGCCAGCAACAGAUGUGUUAUUUUAUUUUGGUCUAGUACAAAAUGCAUUGAAAUGGUAGAAUUGUAUUGCUUAGCUUGAUGAAGUCACUUCCAAUAUGCCUCACAACAUCAUAAGUACUUGCUUAUAGUCAUCUUUGGAUGAUGAACUCAGGUUCUUACUUUUCACCUCUUGAAAUAUAAUGCUUUUGCUGUGAAGUGUGCAAAUGUAAUUAAUACAGCUGUUGAAAACCAGCAUUGAAGGGUCAGUUUUCACAAUUAACUGCAUAUUGAUCAUGACAAGUUCCUCUUAGGUGAUUAUAACCAGCUGACAUCAUCACCUGAGAAGAACUUGUCAUGAUCCGCAUACAUUAAAAAGCUCACAAUUAUUCUACACAGUUGAGCACAAGUCGUCUAUUGGCUGAAUUUCUCAUUUCACUUAAUAUCAUUGCAUUUUUUAGCAGUAGAGUUUCAAAUCUAUUGCCAAAGGUUGCUCUGUGUUGUAAACCAAAGAAAUCUUUAUGUGACUUGCUUGAAACUAUCCUAAAUUUGUUUUUCCUUUUCAUGUUUGCUGAUUGUGUUCAUCAGUUUGAUGUUGACAAGGUUAGUAGGGAAUGUAUUUCAUUAUUGAGUAAAACCUAUGUUUGGGUCUCUUUGCUUUCCUUCCUUCCUUCCUUGUACUAGCCUUUUGAUUUUUAUUUCAAAUUUAAAGCUCUGCAGCAGUGACCUGAUAGGUUGUCUCUUCAUCCUGAUUUCAGGAAGCUGGAGAUCGCAAGAUUUAUCAUCGUUACUGCCUUGAGCGAGCAGCUGCAAACAAUGCCCAUGUAUUCACUACUGUGUCACACAUCACAGCAGAUGAAGCAGAGCAUUUACUUAAAAGAAGAGCUGGUAAGUCAUGUGGCCACAUUUUUAUGGCUGUCACUAGAGAAAUUUGACUAGAGCCUCAAGCUUUUACUAUCUGUUAGUGAAAGUGGCAUUUUGUUUCUUAAUUUCUGCAUCAAAUUGAAUGGAUGUAAUGGAAAAGAUAAACCUUAUCUAGUUAUUUUCAGAGAUGUGUUUUCUUGCUUGAUAACAUUAAAAUUUUUUUGGUGAUAAAAGUUCAAUAUAGUUCAAUAAGGAUACAUUUUGAUACAAUUUUUUUGUUCUUUUUUCAGAAAUUGUUCUACCCAAUGGUCUAAAUGUUAUCAAAUACACGUAAGUAUUUUCUUUUUGUUCUUCAUUCUGCACCUCUAUUUUGUGAUUCAUCCAAGGUGUAUUUAUUUAAAAAUCUUUGUUUUCUCUCUUUUUCAUAAGAAAGCAAACAUUUAUGGAGUUAUGUAUUAAUUAAAAGUAAUUGACCUCAAAAUGAACAUUAGAUCUUUUUAAAGUACCUGAUUAAAUAUGAUUAUAACAUAGCUAGUAAAUUUUUGUAAUCAAAUUCAAUUGCGCAAGCAUGCUUCAUAUUCCUAUUGUGCACACUCAUGAUGUCAGCAAACAAAUCCCUCGAGAAAAAAAAUUUUCCAUCUGGUUGAAAAUGUUAUAAAACAAUUGGUUCAUACAUCAGCUGUACAUUCAUUGAGAUAUGAAGCACUUGGGAAGUUUGAAGAGUACUCAAGAAGCUAGAGUUGCUCUUGGCUAUGCCUCGAGCAACUCUUCUGCAUCUUUGUGCUCUCCAAACUUCCCGCCUGCUUCAUAUCUCAAUGAAUGCACGCUGACAUAUGAACCAAUUGUUAGCUAUGUUGUUAAAUGGAACACAAAAUCACCAGAAGCUACAAUUCAACUCUUUAAGAAAAACCUUAAAUGUCGUUCUCUAAAUCAAAGGAAAAUGAAAAUGACAUGUAAAAUUGCUGUGAAAGAUGGUGACCAUGUGUGAAUGUUAAUUACUAAAAUAUUUUAGCAUCAAACUCAAAAGUUACAGCAACACUUUUCCUCCCCACAGUCAACUUGGGUAGGAAUGAAAGGGUUAAUAUUGAUUAGCCAUAGUUUUGACAGAUUUUGUCACUGGAAUUUUAUUUAGAACACAUAGUAUGGACAGUGUACAACAGUACAAGUAAAAAAUUACUAGUUAUGUGAAAGAUACUGCAUUAAAAUCCAUCUUUUGGUUAUUAAACUUGUUUCUAGAUUUUAUUUACUUGAAAAAGGAAACCAGAUUUUUUAACAUUUUUUAUUAUUUGUUUCAACUUUUUUUAGAGCUCUACAUGAGUUCCAAAAUCUUCAUGCCAUUUCCAAAGAGAAGAUUUGUAACUUUGUGCGAGGUCAUUUUCAUGGGUAUGUAACAUGGAACAUUUUUGAGUUAAUUGAUUAUUGACAUCUCAGUUUAACCUUUUUGUUCAUUACCUGCUUUAGUGUGGUUUUUAGCUUAACACCUCAACGUUUUCAAAUAACAUUCAUUUUCAGACAUCUGGAUUUUGAUAUGGACAAGACAUUGUUCUUCUUCAGUGCUGGGAGGUAGGCCAUCAUUCAUCAACCACUUCCUAACUCUCAGAUGUGAUCAGUAUUAAAUUUCUCCACACUGUUGUAAUAUAAUAUUCAACAAGCAGGUGAUGGGAAUGAACCAAACCAUCAGCCAGAGAGUGUUAUCCUUAACCAAAUCCAAAACCAAAUUCUCCUUACUGACUGACAAGGAAAUGUAUAAAUGAGAAUUACAUGUUGAAAUUAUAUAUUUAAUUAUAUAUAUUGGAGUUCCAGUUUGAAUAUUACAUACGGGUCAAGAGAAACCCUGUGAUAUAUGCUGUCUUUAUCUAUACAAAACUUCUCUUUAGGUACGAGUACUUCAACAAAGGAGCUGACUUGUACAUUGAAGCAUUAGCCAGGCUUAAUCACCUGUUAAAGGUAUUUUUUGCACUGAUGCUGUUGCAUGAUAUUGAUAACAACAACAAUGUUGAUGAUGAUAUUCUCAUGUUUUUAGAGGAGAUAAAAAUUGUAUCAACAGUGUUCCUCUAACUAGAGAUAAAUUAGUAUGAAAUUAAAAAUUGAAGAAAAAGGUAGGUUGUUCAUGAUGUAUAUGAAAAAAUGAUGAAUGUUGAUUUAUUUGUAUAUUUUUGAGACAAUUACCCAACUGCAAAGCAAAAACAGGUGUAUUUGUAGAUUUGAUAGCUUCCUAGAAUUGUGAAGCUUGUUAUUAUCAAAAGGAAUGCGUCAGCUAGAUAGAUGUGAAAUUAUUACUCAUAGCGAUCUUACAGUAAUAAAUAAAUCACUUGAUUUAUGUAGCAGGUGGAGUCAACAACUACUUUGACCCUAUCUCUGGGUACUUUUGAUUUAUUCUUUUAGCGGUUACCUUGCAGCCUACACUUUCUCAAGGUUGAAAUUCCCCGAUUUUUUAUCGUGAGUGUGCGGCUUUUCUUGUUUUCUUUCAGUCCAGUGGCAGUGAUGUUACUGUAGUCGCAUUUCUAAUCUUUCCCGCGCGGACUAGCAACUUCAAUGUUGAUUCACUGAAAGGACAAGCUGUCACUAAACAGCUCAGGUGAAAACACUGUUCCUUGGUUUGGUGAUUUAUUGUAAGCUAUGUAGUGUUAACCUAUAAAUUUUUCCGGUUGUUGAAUAUUUUUUCACGGCUAGAAAUGGAUAUGAUUAAUACUGCAGCAAAUAAACGCACUCACUUGCCAUAGAAAUACUACUCAGGCGCGGCCAAACCCAUAGUAAUCGACAUAGUAAUCACAACGGCCAAUCGGGAGGAAGGAACAUAUCUUUAAGAUAGCCAAUGAGAACUCAAAAUAAGAACAACCAAACUACCUAAAGCGCGGGAAAACGCGGGCGUCCAAGUCCUAAUUGGUUUCAGUUUUGCAUCUGAUUGGUUGAGAAAGUCGUGCGAGUUUUCUGGACCAAUCAUAGAGCGAAGAAAAGAAAAACCAAUGCAAUCGCAGAUUACUUUCGACACUCAAUUGAAAAUUUCCGUUACACUAGUGCGUAAAUCUGCCGUGAAAUCGUAACUUAAUAGUUUAUUACUCUUCGUGCGUUAGUGUAGUAAAAUUACUAAUUUAAGUGGUGGUGAUUAAUCUGAUAAUGAGAAUACUUAUUAUGAUAAUAAUUUGUAACGAGAAUGAUCAUAGUGAUGCUGUUUAUGAAAGUAAUACCGAUGACAAGUGUAGUGAUAAUGGUACUAGUAAUAACAAUAACGAUAACAAUGAACACUCUGUUUUCAUUCACUUCUAUGAUUUGUUCCCUCUUCUUAGUGACACAGUCUCUGAAAUCCAAGAUAAAAUUGGAAAACGGAUAUACGAGUCUUGUCUUGGGUAAGUCCCUGUAGCAUUAUGUCGGUGGUGAUCAUGUCAUUUUGUUUCAAAGCUUCUUUCAUUCAUUGUAGGAGGGAAAAAAAUUGCGUGGUCGUUUUUGCAUUCAUAUCUGAUCCCUGCGCAAGAUUGCGAGGUUAUCAUAGUCGCAAUGAACCCUGAAAAAGUUUGUUUUCCAUCCUGUCGCAUGAUAUAUAUGUUUAGGGGUAGGAAGAAUUUGCAAAUCAACCGCCCAUAUUCCUUCAGAGGUCGAUUGUCUAUAUCGAAAUCGGCCACUCGAGAACCGCAGGAACGAAUAAGUGUAUUAAUUAACUUCGCCACUAUUCACCUCAAUUCUCUUAUGAUUAAAGAAUUUGAAAUAUUUUAGUUGUAAACCGUUUAGUUAUAACUAUUUUCAUCUUGAACACAGGGGAAAGCUUCCAGAUGGCAAUAAGCUUUUAGAGGCAGAUGAGAUCAUCAAGCUGAAGAGAUGCAUCCUCGGCGCCAAGGUAACAUUGACUGGUUUUUCUUGGCCGAAAAAAUUGCUACAACAAUACAAGAUUUGAAACAAUAAUUAAAACGUACUAUCAUGUGCAAAAAACACUCUAAUUAGUUUUCGAGCAAGAAAAUGGCGCAUUUAUUGACACAGUAAUGUCUUGAAACCAAGUAGUCACAUCAACCAAUCAGGGUUGACGUAAAAAGGAACUUAUCAGAAAUGUGCGUCAACAACCUCAAGCGCGAGAAAUCGCCAGUGACCAAGUCGCAAUUGAAUACUUAUCAGUCGUAAAUAAUCAACAAGACUACUUACACGAAAGGAAGUGCUCCUUGCGGGUGAACUGCAAUUUAAGCUACUGCGGAAAAGAAGCCUGAAAAAAUUCAGGUUUCGACAGGAUUCGAACCCGUGGCUCCAGAUACUAAGGUAUUUUGAUAUUAUCAACUGAGUUGAUAACGUAAAUUGGCCACCAUUAAGAGUUUCAAAGAUGACGUUUCGAGCGUUGGCCCUCCGUCAGAGCGAUUCAUGAAGGAAGAUGGAGCUACGCUAUCAUUAUUGAUUAUUAGAUUAUUUUUAGAUUAUUACUGAUACCCGUAUCAACGAACACUUUUCAUUCACUGAUUUAUUCUUGGUUUUUUUUUGUUACCAUGUUCCCACUAAUAGCGUAGCUCCAUUUUCUGCAUAGAAACACACACACAACCCACGACUCCCUAUUCGCUCUGACGAAGAGCCACAGCUCGAAACGUCAGCUUUGAAUCUCUUUACGGUAGCUAAUUUACCAAAUUACCCUGUUGUACUCUCUCACCCGGACGCAGCAGAUACUAGUUAGGCGCUACUACCAACUGAGCUACGAAGCCUCAUGUUGGGAGCGAGGUAGAUUUGAGAGAGGUCAUCUUUCCCGCAAAGGAAUCUCGUCACAGUUUAUUUCAUUUUAAAAUUAUGAUAACACAAAAUACGUCUCUGGUAUAAAGCCGGGCAGCAUCAUUCAUUUUUUAAACUUGGUGUUUAUAAACUGUGUUAAUCUUAUUAUUCGUAACCAUCUCUGUCUCUCAAUACUUCAUUCGCGUUUCUCGACUUUAGUGGCUCAGCUACGAAAUUAAUAGAUCGAGACAUGGAUAAUCAUUGCUAAAUUAGUUCAAUUAAAAUAUUUGACGCUUGGUUGAUAAUUUGCAGCGUCCAAACCUUCCCGCCAUUGUAACUCACAAUAUGUUAGAAGACUCUGUGGACCCCAUUCUGUGUCACCUUCGAAGGACAAAUCUUUUCAAUAAGCCUGAGGACAGAGUCAAGGUAAGUCUUUAUUCAUUUCUCUGUUCACAGUCUCCUGGCAGUCAUUUCUUAAUUCUUGCAUUCUUUCCAUAGAAAACGCGUUGCUUGACGUUUGACAUUGCAACACGUGGAUGAGACUGUUUAUGUCUUCUACACAACAUCCUGCCGAGAUGUUUCCGAAACACGCACCUACAUUUCCACUCCCCUCCCCUCCCUUCCCUCCCCUCCCCUCCCCCCCCUUCCCUUCCCUUCCCUUCCCUUCCCCUCCCUCCCCCCCUUCCCCCCCCCCCCUCCCUUCCCCCCCCUUCCCUUCCCCCUCCCCUCUCCUCCCCUUCCCUGCAGUCUUGAACUCAGGACAGUGAUAAAUAACUGACUUUUUUGUUUUGCUGUUCUUCUCUUAUCUUAGGUUAUUUUCCAUCCUGAAUUCUUAUCCACCAUUAGUCCACUUCUUCCCAUUGACUACAGCGAGUUUGUGCGUGGCUGCCAUUUGGGGGUGUUUCCUUCUUAUUAUGAGCCUUGGGGUUACACUCCAGGUACAACAACCUAUUUCUAUUCUAACAUUAUAGGAUCCAUUUAUGAAUUAUCAAAUGUUAUAUACACAUUUGCUUUUGGAUAAUGGUUAGGCUCAGGGUUUUAAUUCCUACUUUUCAUAUUCUUGAAGUGUGAUGCUCUGAAUCGAGCACUUUAUUUUAGGAUGAACACAAAAGUGAUAUGGAAACAGUCUUUGGCUUGAUUUACCUGUCAAAAAUAUCGUUACUAUUCAGUUCAAAGAAACUAUGUUAGUAAUUUUGAGAUCUUUAGGAUUUGAACUACGUAGGACUCGUGCAUCUAAAAAUCUUUCAAAUAUUUUAAUUUGUGCCUUCAAAUCACGAAAUGCAUUUGAAGUCAAGCGAUUCCUCACAUUGUUCCUUUAUAAAUCUCAUGAGAGACAUAAAUGGCUCGUCGCAUCGUUAGAUAUCUUUGUUUGUUUUUGCUUUUCCUUGUGUUUUGCCGAUUAUUUCUAAGUUGUUAAUUGGAUGUCGCAUUUGGUUGACGAUGGCACAAUAUUUUGACUUUCCUUUGCACAGCGGAGUGUACUGUGAUGGGAAUCCCCUCCGUGUCCACUAAUCUGUCAGGAUUUGGUCGGUUCAUGGCAGAACACGUGACUGAUCCUACAUCCUACGGCAUUUAUCUUGUGGACAGGAGAUUCAAGUCAGCUGAAGAGUCAAUUGACGAACUCACGCAGGUUAGUCAGUCUGAUUUGCGUUACUCGGCUUAACUACGGAACACCCAGUCAUAUUGAGCACCAUCUGUGUUGCUAGCUUGCCUCAGGUAAAAACUGCCCACAACCCUGCCAACCCCUAAAAUUCCUUUUGAGUCCUUCUAACCCCAAUCCACCGCGUAAUCUCAACUGAAAAUUCUGCUAUAAUUAAAUGAAACCUUGCAUUUGACAGAGCAGCCCCCUCUAUUUUCCACUAAUGCAAUGGUGUGCACGGAAUUUUUUUGCUUGUUAUGAGAGCGCAUACAGUGCAUUCAGUCGUGAGAGAGAAAAAAAAUACAACCAGGGUAAUCUUUCAGCACUCUAUCCAUAGAGAUGGCCUGUUGUCUAUUGUUUUGUUUCCGCUGCGUUUUGUGAAUCUUAACACACCAUAAUCUGUGAUGCAAAUUGCAUGAAUGUUAUAAGGGGAUGGCAAGUUAUUAUUGUAAAGCUAUUAAAAAUCGAGUGUCGCAAAACGAAAACCAAGAUGUACAAAACUGAGGCGCAAGAAAACUUGAAUUUUCGCAAACAAUCAAAAAGUGAAGAUAAGCUAACUGAAACCAGUGCAAGCCCGGAUUACUUCCCAAAUUCAAUUAAACAAUCCCCUGGUCCGGAUCAUUCUGUUGCGUUCAAGGUCACGAAACUCUCCUCUCACAGUGUCUCUCUACCACAUGUAGUAUGAACAAAUUUUUACAAGCAAAUUGUUAGGAAAACUGACGAUAUGUAGGGGGUAGCCUUCAAUAGACCAGCAGUCACCUCAUGCAACAGAAUUCGGAGUAAGUUCUUUUUUGCUGUGCGAGUCAUAUCCAGACUAAACUCAGUUCUAACUGAUUCUAUGGUGUACGCUCUUUGUUUCAGUACAUGAUGAGCUUUUGCAAACUGACAAGAAGACAGCGAAUCAUUCAGAGGAACAGGACCGAGCGUCUUAGUGAAUUAUUGGAUUGGAGGAGUCUUCACCGGGUGAGAUCCCUUUCACUUUCCGGAGAAAACUAAAAACUGAUUGCUUUGUUACAAUCAGUGCUCGUGAAAACUUAACCUGCGAGCAGCACGAGUGUUUUUUCUCCACGAUUAUGUUUAAGGCGAACCUGCGAGGCUCGCCUUGUUCAAGGCUUCAAACUUUCUCUAGGGCAAGGAAACGCUCAUGUUGCAGCACUUUCAAUGAGGCAGAAAAAACCUUGCGUUGCCGACCAACUGGCCAGCGGAAUGCUGCAUAUGACCCAUUGGUCGAAAGGUCUGAGUUCCAGCCUUGCUUAUCUUUUCAGACCGUGCACUUCGCUAUGACUGACCAUCUCUCCAUCCAGAAGUGUAACUAGAUACCAGCACUCCGCUAGGGAACUUUAUUCCUUGUAGUGUCCUGCGAGGGAUUCCUUUCCAGGAGGAGUGAUAAUACUUCUGGUGGCUUUGUGUUACAGAAUUAGGAAUAAGCUCCGGCAGCAAACCUGUGUACUGUGAAGUGAAAACUGAUCUAAAACUCCUGUUUCUUGUUUCAGUAUUACACCCGAGCACGGUUACUUGCCUUGCAUCAUCUUCAACCGGACAAAUACGAGAAGCCGAACAUGACCGAGGAAGCGGUGAGCUCCCAGUGAUGUUGGUUAAUGGGUAAUUAAUGCUGUCCUCUUUUCAAGCUUGUAUACUUAUUUACUGAGGUAGAGUGACGCUAGAAGGAAGUGUUGCAGAAUACAUGUCUCACAUGCAAAAAAGAAAAUUCGCCGCAUUUUACAUAUUUAUGAGUAUCCUGUUCCGCAAGAGAAAGAUGAUUUAAGAAUAGAUUGUCAAAUUGACUUUCAACCAAUAAUUAAAUGACAGAAAGUAAUAUUGUAGAAUCUUUUUUUGGCGUUGUCCCCUAUACGCCGCGUCCCAUUUAACUUAAAAUAAAAUUUUCGAAAUUUUCAAGACUUCGUGGUCAUAUGAUAAAAUGCUUAUUGACUGAGUGAGAGAGCCGGACGGGAAAAUACUUGGUUCUCAUUCACGACGCAUGAACCUUGUUGUGCUCGGUCUGUACGUCAUGAACUCGAGCCAAAUACUCAUAAAUAUGUGGGAUGCGGCGGAUUUUCUGUUUUGCAUGUGAGACAACUCAGCAAAAUCUUCUUCUAGCGUCAUUCUACGACCUGUAGUUCUUUCUGAUUUCCGUACUUAACUAUCUUUUGAAACCAAAAUAUUAUAAAACAGUUAUCAAAGUCAGUGAUCACAGCAGCUAGUCAGAACAAAAUUAAAUAUCACAUGGAGCUAAUCUGCUGAUGGGAAUUUACAGUAUCUAUAACAAAGUGAAGGACUAAGCGACCUUAGGAGGGUGGUGUGAGUAUUAAAGAAAAUACAAAUAUGGAUAACUGUCCCAAAUUACUUACAGCAUUGAAUUGAAAACUUCUAAAGCUACACGAUCGGUUAACAAUGGCAUGUCAUGACUUCGCCUCGCACGGGAGGUGUACAAAGAUGAUUUGUGUAGAGCUGACGGAAGCAUUCCUCAAAUGUUCCUGUAUCCUGACAAAACACUAAAUUAACAUUUUGUAUAACUUUUUCUGCACUAUUUACCGAUAUAGGACACUUUUGAACCCCGUAAUCGGUAUGUAACAAAGCUGGGCUUGAUAACUGUUUAGUUUUUGACCGUUUGAACCUUUAUUUUUUGUUGGCGAAGCAAAGCAUUUUUGUACCAUUUAAGUUGAUUUGUGAUUGAUCACAUGACUGUCAAUUAAUUUUUGGACAUUAAACAUUUGAUGCUAUUUUUCAGCAAUCGAAUUUCACUUAUCCACGCCCAAGCUCGGAACCACCAUCUCCAGUCGCUUCCGAAUGUGGCUCGGACACUGGCGAAGAUGAAGAAGACACAAAGCAUCGACUCUUCAGUGAUUAAACUGUUUCCCUACGGGAAUGGUUUUCAGUAUGAAUAAGCAACCUCUCCUUCACAUACUAAAAUGGCGUGCACAAGUAUUCCUGCAAUAACUUAAAAUCCAGACAAAAUUUAAAACAAGGUCUCUACUACGCUUUAGUAAUAUUAGUGACUCGGUCUAAUGCUAGUCAUCGUGACUUCAGUCGAUUUUUUGUAGCGCAUUCUCUCAGCGAUGAGUCACACUAUCUCUUCAACAUCGGCGUGACCAAAAUUAUUGGUUGAGCUGGGUACCGAGCCAAUUUUUCAUUAUUUCACUCAAUUAUAUGAAUAACGCUAAUCUUUGAAAUGCGUUCUUUGAAGAAUAUUAUGUGACAUUUAUAGAGUGUUCUAAGUUAAGUUAUAGUGAACUGAAAACCAAAUUGAUGCCAGUUGACCUGCAAUUCAAGUAGGGAACAUAUUUAAGAAGAAGAGGGGUGGUGACGGUGGGUCUUCUUUCAAAGUGAAAAUUCGUGGAAACAACAAUAGAAUUUAUGACAAGAAUUCAAUUGACAUUGCUUUAAUACAUAAGUAUAUGGCGAUGAGUAUUUCGUGUGAGGGUGAUAAAUGGUUAGUUUUAAUAUUCAUCUGAGUUUUUAUAGGGAAGGCAGUUUAUUUAUUUAAGCUGUUUAGCGUCAAGUUGUAAUAUGUAAUUGAAUCCUUUACUAAACAUAAACAUCUUUCCUUUUUUCUUUUGAACAACAACAAACUGAGAGAAAUGAUAAUUACUCAUUGAGAUGAUAUUCUUGUAUUACGCAAAGGAUGCAAUCAGCGAAUUUAAUAGAAUAUAUCGUUCACAAUUGGUGACACUUCUCCGUUUAUUGUCAUCUAAACUUUUUCUCAUCUAAACUUUUCACUCUCUUUAGCAAAGCCUUCUGG